UGGUCGCCCUCCGCUGGCCCCUCUCCAAUGCGCCCACGUCCUGUCUGGAGUGGGGGGCCAGAAUGGGAUGCCCCAUUCCAGCCGUGGCCUCCCCAGGGCCGGUCCCACCUAGGCCUUCCUGCCCUAGAUCCGUAUGAAUCGCAGGGAGGCAAUACCCCUCGGGGGGUCUCUUCCCACUAGCCCGCACUGUCCCGUCACGACUAGCCGCCCGGGUGGUGGAAUUCCGGGCUCGGGCGAGGCUGUGGGUUCAAGGCCCCCAUGGGGAGGGGUCUCAGGCAGGCACGCUGGAUGGCGCAAGAGAUAAAGCUCCAAAUUUUGCCAGCUGGCUCGAUUUGCUGGUGUUUACCCAGAGCGGUGAUGCAAAGACGGGUGUUAUCAGCCAGGCCCUGGCCGGAGGGCGGCUAUAUAGACAGGGCCGUGUCAGCUUUCCCGGCCCCGCACGCGAAGGGAGGCUGAGGAGAGAGGCCGGCUCCGGGAUGGAUUUCAGCGCGACCCUCAGCCUCCUCCUGGCCCUGUGUCUCAUGGCCUGGCUCCUCCUCGCCCCGUGGAGGAAGAAAACCCAGGGCCACCUGCCCCCCGGGCCCACCCCCCUCCCGUUCCUGGGGAACAUGCUGCAGGUGGAGGUCAAAGAGCUGAUCAAGUCCCUGCAGAAGCUCAGCGAGACCUACGGGCCCAUCUACACCUUCCACCUGGGCUCCCGGCCCUGCGUGGUGCUCGCUGGCUACCAGGUGCUGAAGGAAGCCCUGAUCGAGAAGGCCGAGGAGUUCAGUGGCCGGGGGGAUUUCCCUGCCGUGCAGAUGUGGAGUAACGGAAACGGCAUCGUCUACGGCACCGGGGAGCGGUGGCGGGAGCCUCCAGCGCAAAACCGGAGGGCCCCCCUCGGCGUGGGGUUAAGAGCAGCCCCCCAACUCUGCCCCCCAGGCAAACCCUUCGACCCCACCUUCUUCCUGAGCUGCGCCGGCUCCAACAUCAUCUGCACCCUGGUCUUCGGGGAGCGCUUCGAGUACACCGACCGCAAGUUCCUCACCCUGCUCAACCUGAUCAACAGCAACUGGAAGCUCAUGAGUUCCACCUGGGGGCAGUUGCUCUUCGUGUUCCCCAAGAUCAUGCGCCACGUCCCGGGGCCCCACCGGCAGAUCUACCAGAACUACCUGAAACUGGCGGCUUUCGUCGGCGAGCAGCUAAAGACGCACCAAGAGACCUUGGACCCCAACAACCUGCGGGAUUUCAUCGACUGCUUCCUCCUCAAAAUCCAGCAGGAAAAGAACAACCCCGCCACCCACUUUAAUGAGGAGACCAUGUCUAAAACCACCGUGAACCUCUUCUUUGCUGGGACGGAGACCGUCAGCUCUACCUUGCGCUACGGACUUCUCAUCCUACUCCGGCAUCCCGAGAUAGAAGAGAAGCUGCACGAGGAGAUCGACCGGGUGAUCGGGCCCCACCGCAGCCCCUGCAUGGAGGACCGCAGCCGGAUGCCCUACACCGACGCCGUCAUCCACGAGAUCCAGCGCUUCGCGGACAUCGUGCCCAUGGGUGUGCCCCACACCGUCACCCGGGACAUCCAGUUCCGCGGCUACACCCUGCCCAAGGGCAUAAACAUCAUCCCGCUGCUGUGCACGGCCCAGGCUGACCCCAGCCAGUUCAAGCACCCCGGCCGCUUCGACCCCACCCACUUCCUGGACCAGGACGGUCGCUUCCGCAGAAACGACGCCUUCAUGGCCUUCUCGGCAGGUAGCGCCACUGGGGGAGGGCUGGGCCGGGAAGUGGGGUCUGGUGGUUACAGGGGGUAUGGGAGCCAGGAUUCCUGGGUCUGGGGAGGAGAACGGGGUCUAGUGCACUUCACCCUGCGGGCCCUGGUGGCCCCCGCUGAGAUCGACAUCUCGCCUGAGUCCAGCGGGCUGGGCAGCAUCCCCCGGCCCUACCAGCUCCGCCUCCUGGCCCGCUGA